AUGCGGCGGUCUAAAACACGAGGAGCGGCAACACGCACACAACUAUCCCUGGUCUACUCACUGUCGCACACACCGCCGUUGGGCACGUACGCUGUCCCGUUGGUUUUCUCGUGCGCGCGGCGGCUCGGCGGCUCUGGUCAGGGAACCGGCCGUCUGCCGUCGCACGGGAGGCAGCCGCCGCGGCAGAGGUGGCGCGCCGCGUGCAGGAAGGGGGCUGCGCGCGGCGGCGGCAGCACGGGCGACAGCGAGCCCGCGCCCGACGCGCUGUCGGCCGCGGGGGGCGGGCGCUACACGUGCGUGCACGCGCCCGCCGCCACGGGUCAGCCGCCCGCCAGCGCGUCCUCCGGCUCCGGCGACCAGCAGUUGUCCGACAGCCAGCAGCCCACCACCACGGUGACGAAGCCGAUGAGCAGCGCCAGCACUAUGUACACCUCCGCGUUGCCUGUUCGCCGGCCGGUCGGCGGGGUGUUU